UCUUGGUAUUGAGGGGAGUUUGGGGAUGGCGGUGGCGAUGGAGGGGUUCUCGAUUCGGGAGUAUGUGGGGAAGAUGAGGAGUGUGGAGUUUGGGAAGUGUUGGCCUUUUGAUGAGGGUGGAGAGGAUGGGAGGUUGCCGGGGAUGGAGGUUAGGAGGUUUAGGUGGUGGUUGGAUGAGUUGGGGGUUGUGAAGGAUGAUGAGGAGAAGAAGGAUGGGGAUGGGAAUGAGGCGGUGGUAUUGGGGGUGGAGGAUGAGAAACGUGGGCGGGGUAAGCAGCGGGCUCCGAAGAAGAGGUCUAUUGUGGAGCUCUUUGCUGCAGUGCCCCCGAUCGAGACUGUGGAUGAGGGAACUGAUGGUGAGGAUGAAGAAGGAGGAGAGGGUCAUGGGCUUGAUGCUGAAGAGAUGGAUUUGGAGACUGAUGGUUUGGUUGCUGAGGUUUUGGAGAGGAUGAUGAAGAAUAAGAGUAAAAAGAAGAAGAUGUUGAUGAUGAUGAAGAAGAGGAAGAAGAAGAAGAAGAAGAAACAGCUCAAGGUUGCGAUUUGUGUUUCUAGAAAGGAAAAGGUACAAGAAUCCAAAGCGCAAUCUAUGGUAAAUGUUUCUAAAGUAUUACAAGAUUCAGUGCACAUAAAGCGGAUAGGAAGGGCUCUUAAAUAUCCUGUCGAAGGCACAAAGAAGAGGCCCUCGACAGUGAAAAGUUUUGCCAAGAAACAGAGUUUCAAACAUUUCCGAACUUCAAAUUUGAUCUGCAAGGACCAGAAGGAUGUGGGGCAAGUUCUUCCUGUUCAUAGCAUUCUCAAGAAUCGAACAAAAAACUCUUCUGUUAAGAAGUCUAGUAUGAAAGAUGUGGAUGGCAGUGGUCUGGUGAGGAAUUGCCGUGGUUCAGCUAAGCAUGUUAGUUUUUCUGGCAAGGAUGACAUAUUAGGUCAUAACAAAGGCUGUUCACUUAUGGAGUUGCCUCAAUUACAAAACCUUUGCAGAAUAUUUUCAGAUGUAUUGGCUGCAUCAUCAGCUAUGAACAAAGCAAACAAAAGCAACCCAUCUGCUAGUGGUGAGGACAUUAAUACUGUUUCUGCGGAGAGGACAAUUGAGCCAUUACCUGAAUCAGAAAAGUUGAGAAGUCAUGAUCAUCUUCCCAUUACUUCACCUGAUUCUGGCACCAAGAAUUGUUCAGAUACAGAGAAAUUCUCAUUAGCUGAACCUGUGGACUUAAAUGAAACAAUCCCGACUUCUAACCCUGCUAUCUCUACCAUCUUGGUGAGUCACUCGGGUAACACUACUGUUCAGAUUCCACUGCCCGAGGGAUCAUCUUCUAAUGCUGAAAGUCAUGUAAUAGAAAAUUCCACUGAAGCUAGGAUGACCUUGCCAGCUCCAAUUCAAGAUUCUGUCUCCCAUAUUGAUGCCAUGAGUGCAAUGACCAUAGUAAGAAAUCCAACUUCACACCAGUCAGCAUCUUGUUUGACAAUGAAUAUGGAAGCAAAUGGAAGGCAGUUACAUUCUGUUUCUGAUCCUAAUGUCAUCAUGUAUAAUCAAAUUCCAGAAUUCCAACACAGAUGCCUUCAGUCUGCAGACGAUAUGAUGGGUAGAAUCUGCUUUACAACGGGAUCAAAAGGGAUUGGUGAAUCAAGAAUCACAUCAAAUCCUGCUUCUUUCUGCAGAGAGAGGUGCAUAGAUAAUGAUUUCAUUGGCUUGCCCCUUAAUUCACAUGGGGAGUUUAUUCAUUUGCAUUCAGGCCAUAAAUUUGGUUUUGGUGAUGUCUCAAACAAACAGCGGUCCUCGCCGAGUUCCUUCCCAAAUUUUUCUGGUCCUCAACUUUUUGAGCAUAAUUAUAGUAUGGAUCAUUUGCAAGUGAAAGAUAGGUUUCCUAGUAUUUCCAUGUAUGAAAAGGAUCAGUGGCUUCCAGGACCACAUGAUUGUGCUCAUCAAUUAGCUAGAUCUGGAUCAAGUUUUACUGCUAUGUCAGGUUCUGAAAGUUCAAAAAUGCCUAACCAUGAACCACUGAGGGACAAUUUUUUCUAUCAUGGAACUACUGCAUCUAGAGGUUUUUGUAAUGGCUGCAAGGAGCAUAGCCAAACUCAUAAUUGUGUUGAUAUGAAAAGACCUCGAGCAGAAGCCAAUUUGGAGAACAGGUUCCAGCCUUCUAUUCAACCAACAAUGCGGUUGAUGGGAAAGAAUGUUACAGUUGGUAAAAGUACCCGAGAAUGUGAGGGUUUUGAUGAUGGAAAGGUUUGGACAGAUAAAGAAAUAAUAACUGAAUAUUCUACUCUCAGAGAAUCCGAUAUAACCAACACAAAGAGGUGGCCCCAACAUGAGUGGCUUGCUCAUUCAUCAUCUGGCACAUUGAAAGAAAACCUUCAGCAUCCUCAGGAAGUCCCAUCAAGCCUUUUCCAAGUAUCACCAUUCAACCAUAGGUCUGUCCAUAUGAAUUUGGAUUGUCAUCCACAGUUUAUGUCAAGGAAUGGGCUUUCAUCAGACAUUGGGAAACAUGAUCCUAGAAUGGACCAUUUCAGCCUAGCAGUUCCCUUCCAGGAACCGUUGAACAAGACAUCCAGGUCCUUGGUGAAUUAUAACCCAGGAACUGAAUCAUUGAAAGCAGGCCAUCAUGCACCAUCAGCAUCAUCCCAUCCUCAAAAUGCUUGUCAUCACAUGCUCCUGAGCUCUACCCAUUGCAAACAUAGCCAAAGCAUCUCUUAUAGUACGGCAUCGACCUCCCGACCACCCUAUAUGAAUCAAGGUUAUUGCAAUUUCACACAAUCAUCUAUGGCUCAUUCUUCAUCAAACCUCCCUCCGUGGUUACUGAAGGCUACACAGCAAACAAAGUACCCAAAAUCCACCUGUUCUUAUUCUGAAUCGAUUCCUCUGCCCCACCAUACAUGCAUCCUACCCGGGAAUUGUUCCUUCCCACUCUCUUCUCCAUGCCCCUCAAAUAUUUCGUUUCAUGUCUAUGGCACCAAUAUUUCCCAAACAUGCAAUUCCCCUAAUCCAGCCUCCCUUCUUCACCCUUCACUUAUUUCAGAGUUUGCGGUGAACAAAUACAAUACUGGUGGCAGUAAUUCUUGCAGAAACAAGAUCAAGGAUAGGGAUGUGACAAAAUCCAAAAUUUCAUAUUUCAAAGAACUGGAUCAUGCUAGCAGAUCGAGAAAAAGGCCUGCUGCCAAAGAUGAUGGCUUAGUGAAACCAAUGAAGAAACCCAAUCUAAUGGUUCAUGCAGCCUCAAAAGCCCCAACUUGCUCAAGAGUGAGGGAGCAGUUCCAUGGACAUCCAGAAGUCAAUUCAGGACCAUCAGAAUUUCAACCUUAUGGGAAUAAGCGAAAUGACAUGGGCUUGCAAGAACUGGUUAUUGGUAAUAGUGAAAACAUAUCUACGUCUGCAGUGAAAUCUAAAACUGAUGGCAUAGGAAGGGCAGGACCUUUGAAACUGAGUGCAGGUGCUAAGCAUACACUAAAACCAAGCCAGGGUGUGAAUCAAGACAAAUCUAUACCUGUUCAUGCCACCAUGCCUUUUGCUGCUGGGACAAGUUCUAGUAGGUUUUCAGUUUCUCAGAAGAAAGCAGCAGAAGUUUACAGGUUUUAGAUUGUAUUAAAAAUCCUGAAAUCUGAUUUUCUGUUCAUGACGGGCCAUGCCCUAAUUCUGGUCAGAUGAGAAUGGCCAUUGACUUGAAGAGUUAGUUCUUAACUACUUCUGAAACUUUACAGCAUUCAUAACCGCAAGCUGUAUUGAUCAGGUAAUCAAGUUUUCUACUGUCCUGUACCCUUCCAAUAAUAUUUCAUAUUAAUGUGGUGAUGCUUGAUGGAUUUAUGUUUCA